GCUUGAUCCACGGGCAAAUCGCGAGAGGAACCAUGCUCGACUCAACCAACAGACAUCGCAUCUUGUAAGCAUAAUACACAGCCUCCAUCACUGUCACGUCAACGUGGGCAUUCCUCCUUUCCAUUGCUCUUCUCAUAUCUAGCUUGGCCGCAUAUCCCUACAUAAAUGGAGACAAUGCUAAGAAAGAGAGAAGACAAGAUCGCCAUCAUCGGCGCGGGUACUAUCGGCUUGUCUUUCGCUGCUUUGCACCUCCUUAAGCAUCCGACAUGUUCUAUUGCGAUUUAUGACACAAGACCCGAUGUGCACGACUACGUUGCGGAGUAUAUGUCCAAAACACUUGCCGGCGCUGGCGUCGACAUUGACUCGACGAUGCAACGUCUCAGAAUCAGCGCGUAUCUGCAGGAAGCCGUGCUCGAUGCAGUCAUUGUCCAGGAACAGGGGCCAGAGAACCUGGACUUCAAGAUUACUACGUGGGCAGAAAUUGAACGCUACGCUCCCAAGACAGCACUCUUCUGGUCGAGUACCUCUGGCAUACCGGCAAGUCAGCAGAGUCGGAACAUGCAGGAUAAGACCCGGCUGCUGGUAGUCCAUCCGUACAAUCCACCGCACAUCAUGCCAUUGCUAGAAGUUGUGCCUUCGCCGCGGACUUCGCAAGCUGUUAUCGAUGAAACGCUGGAGUAUUGGCGUGGCAUCGGUCGGACCCCUGUGGUCAUUAAGAAAGAAUGUACCGGCUUCGUAGCGAACCGCUUGGCCUUUGCUCUGUUCCGGGAAGCUUGUAGUCUGGUCACUCAAGGCGUCAUCGAUGUCAAGGAUCUUGAUGAGGUUGUACAGAACUCGAUGGGCCCAAGAUGGACGGUAGCCGGACCGUUCAAAUCGUACCAUGCCGGUGGCGGAGACGGAGGCUUGAAGUCUUUUCUGAAUAAGAUUGGUGGUACAGUGCAGCAGUGUUGGGACGCUAGCGAGAAGGAUGUGAAGAAAGGUAGUAUUGCUGUAGGCGAAGAUUGGCAGAUCGAAGUGUGCCGGCAAACGGACGAAGCCUAUGGCGUGGUUGACACCAGGGAGAGGGACACAAGGACUAGGAGCGUUCUUGAAGCCGUCAGUUGCGAAGAGGAGGUUCAGUGACAUGAGUUCGAUGCAAGUUCGAACAAUCGAGGCUAGAGUGCUACGACAGCAGAAGCGAUGAGCGAUGGGAUGGUUGCAUCCACUCCUAACCAUGACUCUUAACUAUGGAUAACACGUAUAGUCCAUCACACAGCAUGAAGGUCUGCCGGAGAAUCAAUGCACUUGAUCAGCGUUGUCCGCUUCGAGAUAGCGAGUGUUGGUAAAGGAUGGCCAGAACGUUCAGGGUUGUAUCCAGUUCUUCCUUCGCGUCGGGCGUGUCGGUCCGACGGGGAAGCACUUUGCUCC